UCACGCAUACUACUGGGGUGGGAAACACAAUUACCAAUUCAUUACAGUACGCAUAAAUCUCAUUGAUUCAAGAAACUCAAGGGCUUAACAACAGUAUGAGCAGUAAACAGCAGGUUUCUACCUCCUCCCACAAAAAAAAGGGAGUGAUUCAAAGGAGAGGCUAGCAUUCUAGUACUAACAGCCUUUCGUCUCAAUCACGGAUCGGCAGCAGGUGACCCAUGGCUUCUAGAAGAAUGGCAGAAGAAUCAAUAUACCGUAUCCCUCCCUACCACUACAUCCAUGUCCUGGAUCAGAACACCAAUGUGGCCCGAGUGGAGAUUGGGCCAAAGACAUACAUCCGUCAGGACAAUGAGAGGGUGCUGUUUCCACCUGAGAAGAUGAUUGUAGUACCCCCACGUCAUUACUGCAUCAUUCAGAAUCCUGUGGUACGGGAUGAUGAUUUGAAAGUGGUGUUUGAUGAGCUGGGGCAGGCCAAACUUCGUCAUGCCGAUCAGGAGGUUCGACUGGCUCAGGACCCUUUCCCACUGCACCCAGGCGAGGAAGUCAGACAGACUGUCUCCCCCCUACAAAUUGUUUUGCCCAAUACAGCACUGCGUCUUCAGGCACUGCUCGACUUUGAGUCUGAAAGUGGUGAAAAAAGAGUUGCAGGGGAUGAAUGGAUCUUUGAGGGGCCUGGCACCUACAUUCCUCAGAAGGAAGUAGAGGUUGUUGAAACCAUCCAGGCCACAGUGAUCAGGCACAACCAAGCCAUCCGUUUACGUGCACGAAAAGAAACAAGAGACCGAGAAGGAACUAAGCGAUUCACUGGUGAGGAGUGGUUAGUUAAGAAAGUUGGAGCUUACCUUCCUGGGGUGUAUGAGGAGGUUGUAGAUAUUGUGGAUGCAAUUGUCCUCACAGAAAAGAAUGCAUUGCACAUACGUGCUUCCAGAACCUUCAAGGAUGACAACGGAAUUGUACGAAAGACCGGUGAAGAAUGGCUGGUUACCAUGAAAGACACAGAAGCGCAUAUUCCAAAUGUGUAUGAAGAGGUUGUGGGUAUUAUUGACAUCACCACUCUCAACAGCCGCCAGUACUGUGUCAUCCUCGACCCAGUUGGCCCAAAUGGCAAACCACAGCUGGGGCAGAAGAAGGUUGUCAAGGGAGAAAAGUCAUUUUUCCUUCAACCUGGUGAGCUACUGGAAAGCGGUAUUCAGGAUGUUUACAUCUUAUCAGAGGAAGAAGGCUUGGUGUUAAAGGCAAAUGAAGCAUUCAAAGAUGUAGAUGAGAAUGGAAAGGAGGUGGAGAGGAGACCAGGAGAUCGGUGGAUGAUCCGGGGACCUCUAGAUUAUGUUCCACCAGCAGAGGUGGAGGUGCUGCUUAAACGGCAGGCAAUUCCACUUGAUGAGAAUGAAGGCAUCUAUGUGCGGGACAUCAAAUCUGGCAAGGUGAGGGCUGUAAUUGGUGAGACCUAUAUGCUAACCCAGGAUGAAGAAUUGUGGGAGAAGGUACUCCCUGGCAAUGUGGAGGCUUUGCUUAUGGCUGGGAAGGACCCCUUGGCUGACCGCUCAGAUCGCAGUCGAGGAACAGAAGAACCAAAAGUUCGUGACAAGACCCGAGUGGUGUCCUACCGUGUGCCCCACAAUGCUGCUGUGCAGGUGUAUGACUACCGUGAGAAAAAAUCCAGGGUGGUAUUUGGCCCAGAGAUGGUAAUGUUGGGUCCAGAUGAGCAGUUCACCGUCCUCAGUCUAUCAGGAGACACACCCAAACGUUCCAAUGUCAUAAAAACGAUUUGUCUCCUGCUAGGGCCAGACUUCUGCACAGACAUUAUUAAUAUUGAGACAGCAGACCAUGCCAGGCUGCAGCUGAAGCUGUCCUACAACUGGCACUUUGAAGUAAAAGACCAAAAAGAUGAAGCUGAUGCAGCAAAGAUCUUCAGUGUCCCAGACUUUGUAGGUGAUGCAUGCAAGGCCAUAGCUUCUCGUAUCAGAGGAGCCGUUGCUUCAGUCAACUUCGAUGAUUUCCACAAGAACUCAAAUCGGAUCAUCUGCUCAGCUGUGUUUGGCUAUGAUGACAACAUGAAGUUGCGAAGCUCCUUCAGGUUUGUUCAGAACAGCCUAGUAAUCACCAGUGUGGACAUUCAGACUGUGGAACCUGUUGAUCAGCGCACACGAGACUCAUUGCAAAAAAGUGUGCAGUUGGCUAUCGAAAUCACUACAAACUCCCAAGAAGCUGCAGCCAGGCAUGAAGCAGAGAGGCUGGAACAGGAAGCCCGGGGCCGUCUGGAGCGUCAGAAGAUCUCUGACCAGGCUGAAGCAGAAAGAGCAAGGAAGGAACUCCUAGAACUUGAAGCUCUCAGUACUGCCGUGGAGAGCACCGGAGCAGCUAAAGCUGAGGCUCAGUCCAAAGCGGAAGCAGCCAGGAUCGAAGGUGAGGGAGCUGUUCAACAGGCCAAGCUGAAGGCAGAGGCACUUGAAAUUGAAACGAAUGCAGAGCUGAUGCGUCUUUCAAAGGCUCGCGAACAUGAGCUGGGAUUCCUCAGUGCGAAGAAUAAGCUGGAGACUGAGAAAGUCAAAGAGCUGGCUGAGAUUGAGGUGAAGAAGUUCCAUGAAAUGGUGGCCAGCAUUGGAUCGACCACCCUUAGGGACAUUGCCAUGGCAGGCCCGGAGCUUCAGGUGAAGCUACUGAAAGGACUUGGCCUACAGUCCACUCUUAUCACAGAUGGUAGUACUCCUAUUAAUCUCUUUUCCACUGCCCAUGGCCUCCUGGGAAUGGUGCCCAAAUCCAUUGAACCAAAGUCAGAUGAUGAGUGAAGCCAAAGCUUAUCCUGCCACUAAAGAAAAUUACCUCAUAUUCUUGCUACUAUCGCAGGGUUUCUAAACAAAACUAUUCACCUAGAGGGGAUUUCACGUAUUAUAAUCAGCAUAAUUAAUCCCAUGGCAAAUAUGGGUCCUCUGACCGUUGUGCUUUUCACAUGAACAGAGAUUUCACUGAUACUGGCCCUUGGUGUGGUGUUAGGAUGGAUAUGAAACUGCUGAGAAGGUGCCGAAAUGUAUAGAAUUACAUAUAAUGGCUUGGUGUCCAGAUAUUUGUGCAUUUUUGUUGCCAUUUCAUGUUCUUGAGAAGAGUUGCGUGAAACAAUCUUCAUUUUCUGUAGACUGCAUUUUUAGCACACCUGUCUGUUGUCUAAUGACAAUCUUUUUUCUCUGUAAAGUUCUUUUCUGCCUUUUAUAUAAAAUGUACUCUGUGGCGCCAUAUUCUGGUGUUCUAUAGAGAUUUGCAUUUCAAGUUAUAACUGUAUUGGGGGAGAUUUUGUGUUCAUUCAUUUUUUUCCCUGUGGAGCUAUAUAAAAAAAAAAAUACAAAAAAAUUACAUGAAUUUCUUUUUUUUCUUCCAGACUUUGCAAUACCAUGAUUGAGCAACUGGUUCUCAGACAAAAACAUAAAGUACAGAAAGAAUAUUGUUUAGAAAAGCUGAGAGUUUGAAAUGUAAUGAAUCUUACAGUUCAGCUGUCUUGCUCUUUGCAUACAGUACUGCACUAUUUUAUUGAGUUAGACACCAGCCAAGGAAGGAUAAUCACCAGAUGAUGCGAUAACCUGUGUACUCAUUAUUUUGAUAGCACCUUAAAUGGAGGGAGAAUGUGUGACUUGUGGUCACAUGACAUGUACAUGACACCACCAUUGCUUUCUGGAUCACAAAAUAGAGAACAGUGUGGCACGUGCUGCUUAUUAUGAAACAUUUAUGAGGCAUGUUGCUUAAAUCCCUUUCCCUCUCCUCUAUUCCUACCGUCCAUAGCUCUCCUUCUGCAGUUUAAAGAAGAUCCAUUCUGAUGGCUUAGGGCAUGGCUGAAAAACAGCUGCAAGGGAUCAGUUCAUUUACUAUGCUAAUACAUCAUUAAGAAUAUGUAAAUGCUUUAGUGAUCUGACCUCUUGCUUCUUGGGAAUAGGCUACUGCAGUGGCGUUAUCACAAAAUGGGUGCCUUGUAGCUGAGAUGAACAGGAACUAGUUACAAUACUCUGCUCAUAUUCUGCAUUAUGAAAUGUACGGCUUUUUACCGGCUACUUGUCUUGUAGCUUUGUAUCCUGCCUGCACUGCUGGGUUAUUACUGAAGCUUUGAGCACCAGCAUUAAAUAUGCAGUCAUUUUUAUUGUGCUUUUCUUUUAUCUUUAGAGUACACUUAUCCAGCUUGAUUCUGCGCACUUGUUUUACAGCUGGAUAAGUAAGAAACUGCAGCAAGGUGUACAUUAAAAGAACACAAUUUAUGGGGCUGCUAAGACACAAAGCAAGUGUUUCACUUAUUGUCCUGCCAUGUGCCAGAGAGCUGCAUGGCUUAAAUGGAUACCUUAGAGUGGUUACAUUUACAUGUGCACUUAUAUGGGUGUGCAGAUUAAAGCAAUCUUUUGAAGAUGCUGCCAGUGAGAUUUUGUUUAUUGUUUUCUUGCUAUCUUGUAAACACCCUUUAUACUACACCUGGUGGAAUUCAGUUUAGUAUGGCUACAGUUUGCCAUUUUUGUGCCUUGGUUUACAAGAUUUUGUUUCAUUUCCCUCUGUUCCCUUGGAGCAGUAAUUCUAGAUGCUGUCAGUUGACUUUAGUCUUCUUUGUUGCAUGCACUGCAUCACACGUGGUGUUGUGUGAGUAGCAGAUUUCAUUUCUCUACAAAAUGUCCAAAUAAAUACAUACAGCUCAUAAAGUUGCUUUCA